GCCCCUCCCCCUUAACGCAUGCGCAGUGUCGACGCCGCCUCCGCCAUUUUGCCGGGCUUCGUCUGAGGGGAGUGUGGAGAACGAGGCCGGAGCCGAAAGGGAAGAGAGAGCGAGAGAGAGGGGCAAGGGGAGGCGGAGUUCGGACUAGAGGAGGACACGGAGACCGCCACCAUCUUUGCGUUCGGGGCGCCCGAGCGGGGAGGGGGCCGGGCCAAGCCUGAGCGGAGCCUCCCGCCGCCGCCGCCGCCUCUCCCCGCAGAGCCCGGCCAGGCCGAAGCCAGCCAGGCCCGAGCCCGACGAUUCUGGGGACCUGAGAUGGCCGCGCCGUCAGCGCCGAAGGUCGUGCUUAAGAGCACCACCAAGAUGUCCCUCAACGAGCGCUUUACUAAUAUGCUGAAGAACAAGCAGCCGAUCCCUGUGAACAUUCGCGCCACCAUGCAGCAGCAGCAGCUAGCCAGCGCCCGAAACAGGAGGCUGGCCCAGCAGAUGGAGAACAGACCUUCUGUCCAGGCCGCCUUGAAGCUCAAGCAGAAGAGCCUGAAACAGCGCCUGGGGAAGAGCAACAUCCAGGCACGCUUGGGACGGCCGGCGGGGCCCCUGAUGCGCGGCGCGUUGGGGGGCCGAGGGUUGCCCAUGGGCCAGCGUGGUUUGCCUCGAGGAGCCUUGCGCGGCGGUGGGCGCGGAGCCAGAGGCUUGCUGCGCGGAGGGAUCCCCCUGAGAGGUCAGAACUUGCUCCGGGGAGGCCGAGGCCUGGCCCCUCGGAUGGGCCUGAGAAGAGGAGGCCUGAGGGGCCGCGGCGGGCUGGGCAGAGGAGGCCUGAGCCGAGGAGCCAUGGGCCGGGGAGGAAUCGGUGGAAGAGGGCGAGGGCUAGCCGGGCGUGGGAGAGGCGGCUUUGGGGGCCGGGGCCGAGGCCGAGGGCGCGGAAGAGGGGUCGCCCGCCCAGUGCUGACCAAGGAGCAGCUGGACAACCAGCUGGACGCCUACAUGUCCAAGACCAAGGGACACCUGGACGCCGAGCUGGACGCUUACAUGGCCCAGACAGACCCCGAAGCCAACGACUGACGCCGCCGCCCCUCCGACACUUGACCGCCGCGGUGUCCGCGCCGCACGCCGAGGCCCGCCUGCCCCCCUCCCGUAAGACCCGCAGACCCGGCCGGAGGGGAGCGAGAGGGGCUCACCCCCCCAUUCAUGUGUUCCUUUGGCAUUUUGAUACUCUUUUGUGUUGUAUGAAACCGGGCGUGUAUGUGCGUGCGCGUGUGUGUGUUUUUAUAUGUAUACAUUUCUUAAAAGGACUCCGGAAAUGAAUUUGGACAGGUCUUUAUUUACCGUCCCCCUUCUCUUUCCAAAUUUCCAAAAUGUCGGUUUUCUUUUCUCGGUGCUGAUCAUGAGCCGUGCGACGCGGCAAUUCGGUCGCAAAGUCACGUCGGUUGGCGCUUUGUGAUGGUUUUUUGGGGGGCGGGGGCAGCUUUGUUGUGUUGGUUUGAAAGCUGCGCAGCUUUGUGUUGGAAAUGCCUCUCGGCGGUGGAUUUGACUCAGACUCAGCUUUCUAUUUUUUGGUUUGUGACACUCAUGCUUUGGUCGCCGGUUGAUUUCAUUCCCGUGUUCCCAACCCCGGGGGAUCGGUCUCUCCCCGCCGACUGACCGGGAGGGUUGUGAGCGCGGCCGUUUCCGUUCUCGUUCCGAAAAAACGACAUCUUGUACGUUCUGUUUUGCUGUAAAGAAACCAAUGCAGGGAAGAAAAAAAGAGAGAGAAACUUGG